AUGCCCGCUCACCAUGUGUCUCGAAACAAAAACGGCCUGGCCAUGGUCAGGGAAGCUCAGAACCCACAAACGACCACCAGUGUCCCGACAGACUCGAGGUUUCCCAUUCCUCCUGGUGCUGCUGAGCGACCGGUAAGAAAACGGCGUCGCUCUUCAGGCUUAAGCGCCGUGCAGCCAGAGAAUGCUUCCAGGGCAAUCAACCUCCACGAGGCACCUCCCAUCGAAACACGACCGAGAGUUGAGACAUUUGUGCCAAUUUCGUCAGAAAUAAACUCUGAAAGACGCGUUUCUAGAGGCAGUUGGAGUCGGCGGAGGCUCCUUCAGGAGGUCAGAGAGGCGGUCUCAUUUUUGUCAGCAUCAGGAGAAAAGUUCGCAAUCGGCGUGAUAGUCAGGAGAGAUCUUCGGCAAUCCUUUGUAUCUGAGUCGGCUGUUAGCUUCUUGGGGUUUAGACCAAUGAACCUACCUGUACCACGGCGUCCCUUGCUCAGCAUUUCAUCGGGGCAAAUCCGACCAGAACGAUAUGUUCGAGCCGUCGUCGAGCAAGUCGAGAUUAGCAAUGGCGGUCGGGUGAGAUUACAAACAGGUGAUAUGCUGGUGGUCGACGACCGACAAUUCCCUCCUGGUGUUCAUGCUAUUCUGUGUGGGAACUUUUUCCAUCGAGACGAGGCAGGGCAUUCUUCCUCAAUUGCCGCCAACCAGAGUACUUACUCGCAACGACAACCACAUCGGACUUCAUACCAGAAUUCGGCUCAAUCGAGCACAGCGAGAAGCGAGUUCACGAGUGACUCGAGUCUCUUUACGGUGCCAACAUUAAUAAACAACUUGGUCUUUGAUGAUGAUGCGGGUAAGUGGUUUUUUCUUCUUCUGCCGAAAUGGGUUGGGGUCUGGGUCAGGGGACUUAUAAAGGGCAAUUGCGGUUCGGUGCUCGGUCCGCACCACUGUGUCCUUUAA